CCUUUGUUUAUUGAUAAAAGCCGCCAUCUUUUUUUCAUUUCAAGUAUUGAUUCUGGUUCUGGGUCUGAUUUUGAGUGAUGGGCAGGUUGAAAGCAGGAUUUGGAUCGUUUAUUAAUAACAGAUGGCUCGUAUUUGUGGCUGCAAUGUGGAUUCAAUCGUGUGCGGGGGUUGGGUAUUUGUUUGGGAGCAUAUCGCCGGUGAUAAAAAGCUCGUUGGGGUACAACCAGAGGCAGUUGUCGAAGCUGGGUGUGGCCAAGGAUCUUGGUGACAGUGUUGGGUUUUUGGCUGGAUCCUUGUCUGAGUUUUUGCCUUUAUGGGCUGCUCUCCUUGUUGGAGCCUUGCAGAAUUUGAUUGGGUAUGGCUGGGUGUGGCUUGUCGUCACAGGUCGAGCUCCAGUAUUGCCUUUGUGGGUUAUGUGCAUUCUUAUAUUUGUAGGAACCAAUGGUGAAACCUACUUCAAUACGGCUGCUCUUGUUUCUUGUGUACAAAACUUUCCCAAAAGUCGGGGUCCUGUGGUGGGGAUAUUGAAGGGCUUUGCUGGGCUGGGCGGCGCUAUUUUGACUCAAAUAUAUUACAUGAUCCACUCCCCUGAUCAUGCAAAUCUAAUAUUCAUGGUUGCAGUAGGGCCAGCAAUGGUAGUCGUUGCUCUAAUGUUCUUUAUCAGACCUGUUGGGGGUCACAGACAAGUCCGGCCAUCUGAUGGAUCGAGCUUUACUAUUGUAUAUAGUGUGUGCCUAUUAUUGGCUGCAUACUUGAUGGGAGUCAUGCUUGUCCAAGAUCUGCUCGAUGUGUCCCACACAAUUACAACAAUUUUUACGGUAAUUAUGAUUGUUCUUGUAUUGAUUCCCAUAGUGAUUCCAAUAUCAUUGAGUUUCUUCAUGGAGCCAAGAGGUUCACUGGAAGAGGUUCUUCUACCUAAACCUGAGGAGCAAGAACCAGGUAACUCUGAGCGGGACAGUCACGAGGUCAUAUUCAGUGAAGUUGAGGAUGAAAAGCCAAAGGAAGUCGACUUGCUUCCUGCAGCAGAAAGGCAAAAACGAAUUGCCCAAUUGCAAACAAAACUAGCCCAAGCAGCUGCAGAGGGAGCAGUGAGGGUCAAGAGGAGGAGGGGUCCACAUAGAGGUGAAGACUUCACCUUGAUGCAGGCUUUGAUUAAGGCAGACUUUUGGCUCAUGUUUGUCUCCCUUCUAUUGGGUUCCGGAUCCGGAUUGACUGUGAUUGAUAACCUGGGUCAAAUGAGUCAGUCUUUAGGAUAUGACAACACACAUAUUUUUGUAUCCAUGAUUAGCAUUUGGAACUUCCUUGGUCGUAUUGGUGGGGGUUACUUCUCUGAGGUUGUUGUGAGGGACUAUGCUUAUCCAAGGCCGGUAGCGUUGGCUGUAGCCCAAUUUGUUAUGGCAAUUGGACAUGUCUUCUUUGCAAUGGGAUGGCCUGGGGCAAUGCACAUUGGUACUCUCUUGAUUGGUCUUGGAUAUGGCGCCCAUUGGGCAAUUAUGCCGGCUACCGCCUCAGAGUUGUUUGGCUUGAAAAAGUUUGGUGCUUUGUAUAAUUUCCUCACUCUGGGGAAUCCAGCUGGUUCCCUUGUAUUCUCUGGUCUAAUUGCAAGCCAUAUAUAUGACCGUGAAGCUGAGAAGCAAGCUCAUGGUCACCAUAACCUAAUACAGAAUUCAGGUUCAAUCUUAUCUGGCGUUCUUGGCGUAGACGAGUCACUGAAGUGCCAAGGCUCUGUUUGCUACUUCUUAACUUCCUUGAUAAUGUCAGGAUUUUGCAUCGUUGCAGUAGUGUUGAGUAUGAUUCUUGUCUAUCGAACGAAGAUUGUCUAUGCCCACCUUUAUGGAAAAUCUCGUACUUAAAAUUUCUUGGAAGAGGGAAAAGGAGAUUGGGCUUUGCAUAGAUGGAGUAUGCCAUACACUUUGAGACAAUGCUGGUAAACGUUGAACAGAGUUUGUGAGGGAUUUUCCCAUGUCAAUAUCUAAAGGUCAAGAAAGUGUUUGAGGCCAGAAUAUCUCUGCAGUAAACACCUUGAGAUUUUGUUGUUCUUUGCAUUGAGUUGGGUGCUAUGUGAUCAGUGAAGAUUUUGCUUUGAUUGUGCAAGUGUUCAUUAGGUAUUUAUAUAAUUAAUGGGCCAAUUUUUCCUGCAAAAAUGUCAUUUUGUUCAUUUUUGUUGAAGGUGGCUCAUUGAUUCUUCUUCUCUUGGAAGGAAUUUGAUUAGUUGUCAAGUUGUUGUGAGAUUCUAUUCUCUUGUAAGCUAUGCAUGAAUAUAUAUAAAACAUAUGAAGGUUUUGAUUCUA